GCUGAUGCGCCGCAUUGCUCUCUAUCUCGCGACGCGCUCCAACGUCACGCUUUCGGCCGCAAAGCCUCAUGUCAAGUCGGACCGUAUUGAGUUGUUUGGCAAGGUUCGACGGCUCGAGGGAGGCAACAUAAUGUGCGCGUCGGAAUCGGCCGCAUCUACAGGCGACGACCGCCGUGAUGCUAUAUAUAUUCGGGUGAGCUAACCAACGAUUUGGCUCGUAUUACCGCGGCUAUCUAACG